CAACAGUUGUUGCUGCGUUUUGUUUGCAUGUCGACGUGCAUAUCACUGCCAUGUGGAGGCUACUGCAAUCGUGCUGUUUCUGCUGCUGCUGGAUUUUCUCUCUGGUUUUGCCUGCCUUCGUGCUCCUCUGGGCCGACUGUCAUCCCGCGCUGACAGGAAGCCAAGCCGAGUCCCAAGCCCCUAUCCAAGGCCUUCGCAGAGCCGCGGCCAGCGGGACACGACUCCGGAGAGCCACAGCCGAGGAGACCUACUGGGCCUACUCAGGUAUAUACGGGCCAGAUGAAGGCUGGGCAUCAUCGUAUCCAGCAUGCAGAGAGAGAAACCAGUCACCAAUCAACAUUGCGGACCAGGAUACCAAAGUAUCCACAGAGUAUCAGGAACUGACACUGGAGGGCUUUGAUAAUGAAUCCUCUAAUAAGACAUCUAUGAAGAACACCGGCAAAACAGUGGCCAUUAUGUUGAAGGAUGAUUACUUUGUACGGGGAGCAGGCCUACCAGGGAGGUUUAAGGCAGAAAAAGUGGAGUUUCAUUGGGGUCCAAACAACGGAUCUGAAGGCUCUGAACACAGCAUUAACGGCCGCCGUUACCCUGUGGAGAUGCAGAUCUACAUGUACAACUCAGAUGACUUUGACAGCCUCAGUGCAGCUCUGACGGAGAAGAGGAUCAUUGCAGCCAUGGCUGUGUUUUUUCAGGUGGGAGGGAAGGACAAUCCUGCUGUCGACCCCAUAAUCCACGGCCUGAAGGGGGUGGUCCAUCACGAAAAAGAGACUGUCCUGGAGCCAUUCGUGCUAAAGGACCUGCUGCCGUCGGCGCUGGGAAGUUACUAUCGCUACACUGGCUCUCUGACCACCCCGCCCUGCAGUAAGGUAGUGGAGUGGAUCAUCUUCAGCAGACCUAUCUAUGUCUCCUACAAACAGUUGGAGGCUUUCUACUCCAUCUUCACCACAGAGCAGCAGGACCAUGUGAAGUCGGUGGAGUAUCUGCGCAGCAACUUCAGGCCCAUCCAGAGCUUGGACAACCGCCACGUCUUCAAGUCAGCAGUCAAAGACGCCUGGCUGCCGGAUCUGACUGACAGCAGCAGCGGGCCGUACGGCACAGAGGCUUCCAAAGCAUGCAGCAGUGCUCCCAUCAACAUGAAGGUGCAGCAUGUGAACGGCAGUGCUCUGGUUGUGCGCUGGGCGCGUCCCGAGGUCACCUACCACCCGCCCAUCCUCCACUUCCUGGUGUCGUACAGCUGGACCACCCACGACGACAGCUACGAGGAGACGCACCUCACCGACGCUAAACACAAACUGGAGGCCAUCAUCUCUCCUGUCUCCCCUGAUGUGCUAUACCUGUUUCGAGUCCAGGCCAUCUGCAUGAAUGACAUGCGCAGUGACUUCAGCCAGAGCAUGCUCUUCAGAGCGAACACCACCAGGAUCUUUGAAGGGACGAGGAUCGUGAAAACUGGAAUGUUUCUUUCUCAGCCGACGGUGUCUCCAGCCUCCUCGGCCGACAUGGCUCCCAUCUCCUCCGGUUCAUCUACCUGGACCUCCUCAGGCAUCCCCUUCUCUUUCGUCUCUAUGGCGACAGGAAUCGACCCGUCCUCCAGCGGCAGUCAGGCGACGGUGGCGUCAGUAGUAACCAGUACCUUGCUGGCCGGCCUGGGCUUCAGCGGCGGUGUUAUCUCCUCCUUCCCUAGCUCUGUUUGGCCGAGCAGAGCGCCGACCCAAAACCCAAUCUCCACGCGUCAGAGCACAGACGCCCCCGGGCCCGCCAAAGGCGCCGCGGCGGUCGCAGCCACAGAUAACAGCGAAGCUGGGGGUGAGGACGGAGAGAACAGCAAGGGCCAAGGAGAGGACGGAGAGAAGGAAGACGAGGAUAAGGACGAAGAGGAGGAAGAGGAGGAGAAAGAGGAGAAGAAGGAGAGAAAGGGAUCGGGAGGUGUGGGCGAGGCUGGGAGGAAGGACAACAGCGCGGCGGUGAAUGAGCCACCCAGCCAGACACCGGACGCUACCGCAAAGGAGAAAGAACCAGAUCCAACCAGCACGCCACCUGGUAAACAAGGCCAACUGGAGGUGUAUACCCACAAUGCAUUUGACUCCACUGCCGCCACAGAGGCAGCCAAUGAAACGGCAGAGUUCCCUGCCCCCAAGGACCCAGCAGUGACGCUCAGACCCAGCUCAGGGGGGGAAAAGAAGCACUGGCCUUUCUCCAUCCACACUGACGGUCCCAGUGGCGUGACCAACAUGACCCACCAUGCCAGGCCCGGCACUGGGGCGGGGCUGGGCCGUGUGGAGUGGCUGGUACCGUUGGUGUUGGUUUCAGCUCUGACCUUCCUGUGCCUGGUUCUCUUGCUGGCUGUGCUCGUCUACUGGAGGCGCUGUUUCCAGACAGCCCACUUCUAUGUGGAAGACCACAAUUCACCCAGGGUGGUACCCAAUGAGACGAUCUCUGUCAUCCCCAUUCCAGAUGACAUGGAGGCCAUUCCAGUCAAGCAGUUCAUCAAACACAUCACCAAACUCUACUCAAAUAACCAACGUGGAUUCUCGGAAGACUUUGAGGAGGUUCAGCGGUGCACUGCCGAUAUGAAGAUCACGUCCGAGCACUCCAACCACCCUGACAACAAGCACAAGAACAGAUACAUCAACAUAGUGGCCUAUGACCACAGCAGGGUGAAGCUCAGGCCGCUGGCUGGGAAGGACUCCAAAUACACCGACUACAUUAAUGCCAACUAUGUGGAUGGUUAUAAUAAGCCCAAAGCUUACAUCGCAGCCCAGGGACCUCUCAAGUCCACCUUUGAGGACUUUUGGCGGAUGGUUUGGGAGCAAAACACCUGCAUCAUCGUCAUGAUCACCAACUUAGUGGAGAAAGGCCGGAGAAAGUGUGACCAGUACUGGCCAACAGAGAACAGUGAAGAGUACGGCAACGUGGUAGUCACACUGAAAAGCACUAAAGUUCACGCCUGCUACACUGUCCGCCGCUUCACAUUGAGCAACACGAAAGUCAAAAAGGGUGGGAAGGGGAACCCUAAAGCACGGGCCCAGAGUGAACGGACGGUGCUCCAGUAUCAUUACACCCAGUGGCCCGACAUGGGUGUCCCUGAGUACACCCUGCCCGUCCUCACCUUUGUCCGCAGGUCCUCAGCCGCCCAGAUGCCUGACAUGGGCCCCAUGCUUGUCCACUGCAGUGCUGGAGUGGGUCGGACGGGGACGUACAUCGUCGUAGACAGCAUGCUGCAGCAGAUCAAGGACAAGAGCACAGUUAAUGUACUGGGCUUCCUCAAACACAUACGCACCCAGCGCAACUACCUUGUCCAGACUGAGGAGCAGUACAUCUUCAUCCACGAUGCCUUGAUGGAAGCCAUUUUGGGGAAGGAGACGGAAGUGUCAGCCAACCAGCUUCACAGCUACUUCCACAGCAUCACGACACCCGGACACAGCGGGCAGACACAUCUGGAGAAACAAUUCAAGUUGGUAACACAGUGUAACGCCAGAUUCGUGGAAUGCUUCAACGCUCAGAAGGAGUGCAACAAAGAGAAAAAUCGAAAUUCCUCCGUGGUGCCGUCGGAGCGAGCGAGGGUGGGCCUAGCACCUUUGCCCGGCAUCAAAGGCACCGACUACAUUAACGCCUCUUACAUCAUGGGUUACUACCGGAGUAAUGAGUUCAUUAUUACUCAGCAUCCCCUGCCUCACACCACAAGAGACUUCUGGAGAAUGAUCUGGGACCACAAUGCACAAAUUAUUGUUAUGCUGCCUGCCAGCCAUGGACUGGCAGAGGAUGAGUUUGUGUACUGGCCCAGUCGGGAGGAGGCCAUGAACUGUGAGGCGUUCACUGUCACCCUCAUCAGUAAAGACCGACUCUGUCUGUCCAAUGAGGAGCAGAUCAGCAUCCACGACUUCAUCCUGGAAGCAACGCAGGAUGACUAUGUUUUAGAGGUUCGGCACUUUCAGUGCCCCAAGUGGCCGAAGCCCGACGCCCCCAUCAGCAGCACCUUCGAGCUCAUCAACGUCAUCAAAGAGGAGGCGGCCAACCGCGAUGGACCAACCAUCAUCCACGAUGAGUUGGGAGCAGUGUCCGCCGGCAUGCUAUGUGCCCUCACCACCCUGUCUGAGCAGCUGGAGAGCGAGGGGGCCGCCGAUGUCUACCAAGUGGCCAAGAUGAUCAACCUCAUGAGGCCCGGAGUCUUCACAGACAUUGACCAGUACCAGUACCUGUACACAUCUCUGCUCAGCCUCGUUAGCUCCAAGGACAACGGCUCAUUCGUUCUGGCCGGGGACAGUAAUGGGACCAUGGUGUCCAUGUCCGACCAGUCUGACCAGGCAGAGAGCAUGGAGUCCCUGGUGUGAGAGAGGACCCUCAGGGGGCCCCCCGGAGCUUAGCGGAUCAGAGGGCGUCUGGUGGCUCUCGGAGCGCCAGAAAGGAGCCACUUACAUUUGUAAAACGUCAAGGAACUCUUGUGGACGAGACUUUUUGAGGCCUUUUUGCCAGACUCUUGGUUAAAACGAAUAACCUGAUUACUUUUUUACACUGAUAAAAAGUUUUUGAUAUUUAUUUUUUUCGCCAUUUUAUGUCUUAAUGUUCUCCUACUGAAGGGUUUGCACCUGCGUUUUUGAGUUUGACGACGGUGUCGGUCGGUAGGCAACGAGAAACACUUUUCUGUCUUUUCUUGUUUGCACUAUACAACGGCAGUGUUACUGCCUCUACUAAAGCUGACUCACUUGGCUUUUCUCCACUCAAGCUCUAUUUUUUGGUGUGUUUUUUUUUCGACAUUCCAUGGCGUUGGCCCCUUAUUGAAUCAACUGCUUCUGUGAAGGACAUUGUUCUGCCUGCCAGCUACCAGUUGAUUUAAAGACAGUCAGUGGACGGAGGAAGGCACCGACUCUCUGCCUCAGUAACAAAAUUGCUGUUUGACUUCAGCUCAGCGUGACCUCCUCCGCCCCUGCUCACCUAUCCUACUCAUAUUACCACUCAUUAAUCACAAGAACCGAGAUCUUGGAACCUAUUGCCACAGACAAAUAGCGCUUGUUUUUAGUGAGUAGUUUCCUCUUUUACCGUUCGCAAGGUUUGGGCAUCGUUCUGAUGUGAACAAUUCUGAUUCCAAUUGCUAUUCUUCCUUCCGAUUCCGGUUCUUAACAGUUCCGAUUCUUUGAGGGUGGAGUUGAAAUGGCCCACAUCCUUAUUUCCAAGAUAAGAGGAACAUCUUAUUUUGAUUCAGUGGUGAUUUACAGUUUUUUCAACAGGCUUUUUCAACGUAAAAUAAAGUCACACUAGAGCACCGCUUACCGUGCUCCAUGGCUGCACCACAACAAGCGCCUUGAAGUACGGAGGUCGCUACGGAAACCCAAACUAGCGUGUGUUAGAUUUGGAACCGAUGAUCGGAAUCGAAACCAAAAGUUUCCAAACGAUUCCAAACAACACCAAUAAAAAAAAACAUUCCAUCGGAAUCGCGAUUUAUUUUAAUUUUUUUGAA